ACCAACGUGUCUCCCAAGUUUAAACCAUUAGCUCUACCAUCCUUUUACGAGCUCAACUCCCCAAAACCCUAAAUCAGAAAAAUCUCUAGCCGCCUGAUACUACUCGUCAACUUCAUCUUUUAGGUCAAAUCUAAGCUUAUAGCGAGAGUUACAAUGGCGGGAGGGCGAUUUAGAGAGCUAUUGAAGAAAUAUGGAAAGGUAGCAUUGGGCGUACACUUCUCGGUUUCAGCUGCUUCAAUUAGUGGCCUUUAUGUUGCAGUCAAAAACAAUGUCGACGUUGAAUCUAUGCUCGAAAAAGUCGGCAUGCCUGGUCUAUCCAAAAAAGACGCAGGAGGUGAUGAAAUUCCUAAAAUAUCCUCGCAAAACCCUCAAGUGAUCUCAGUUGACGGUUUCGUUACUGAAGAACCCUUUCAUCAGGACGGCGUGGCGCCGCCGCCGCCUCCAAAGCAGAGGAAUCGUACUGCUGAGCUGGCGGCGUCAAGUGGCGGCGCGCUUGCUGUGGCUGUGCUUCUUAAUAAGGCUCUGUUUCCUGUUAGGGUUCCGAUAACUCUAGGUCUUACUCCGCCGAUCGCUAGGUUUCUUGCAAGGCGAAGAAUUAUCAACAAUAGCGUAUGAUGAAUAUAUUUUUUCUUAUGUAACGACUUUUUUGUUUUUCUGAAUAAUGUUUAAUCUCUCUGUUUUACCCUAUUUUGAUUUCUCUUACACUGUUACAUGUUAGUAAAAGGGGUGAUCAAUAUUUCUGCUAGAGGUACUUGGGAGAUUUAUCAGUCUUAAAAAUUUGGUAUUGGAUUGUUGGAAAUGUAAUUUGAUACUAAUUUUUUAAGGAGAAAUAGUCAUAGAUAUGUGCAAUUGAAAUUUACUA